GGAGACCGGCGAGCAGGUGGCCAUCAAGCAGUGCCGGCAGGAGCUGAGCCCGCGCAACCGUGACCGCUGGGCGCUGGAGAUACAGAUCAUGAAGAGGCUGAACCAUCCAAAUGUGGUGGCUGCCCGUGAUGUUCCUGAGGGAAUGCAGAAGCUUGCACCAAAUGAUUUGCCAUUGCUGGCCAUGGAGUACUGCCAGGGUGGAGACCUCCGCAAGGUUGGUCCUUUGAAAAUUCCAGUGCUUUUUGGAGCUUUCGACUUUUAUUUAACUGCAAGUACCAAUACAGCAGUUUUGCAUGUAGGAGAUGAGAGCAUGUGUGAGGGAUGUGCAACAGGAUUUGGAGUAUUUCCAAGACCAUUUUAGCUCAAGGUGCAGUCCCUAUCUGUAAUAGGAAAAAUAUACAAUUACUAAUGAUGGUUCUUAUCUUACUGUUUUUUUUAACCUUUGCUGUAACCUGCCCAUAGAUGAGACCUGUAACUUACAGCUGACAGUGGAGCUGAUACUGUCAGGCUCCAGGGGAAAUGCUUAUGAAGGGCACAGCAAAGUUGCAGUAACGCUGACUUUUUCCACCUACCCUUUCUUAUCCCAUGGAUACGCUGAGGCUUGAAGCUCUAAUUAGAAUCAUAGAAUCAUAGAAUUGCUAAGGUUGGAAAAGACCCACAGGAUCAUCCAGUCCAACCAUUCACCCUUCACCAAUGGUUCUCGCUAAACCAUGUCCCUCAACACAACAUCCAAAUGCUCUUUGAACACCACCAGGCUCGGUGAUUCCACCACCUCUCUGGGCAGCCCAUUCCAGUGCCUGACUACCCUUUCAGAGAAGUAGUGUUUCCUAACAUCCAGCCUGAAUCUUCCCUGGCGCAGCUUGAAGCCAUUCCCUCUCGUCCUAUCACUAGUCACCCGAGAGAAGUGGCUGACCCCCAGCUCACUACAACCUCCCUUCAGGUGGUUAUAGAGAGCAAUAAGGUCUCCCCCGAGCCUCCUCUUCUCUAGACUGAACAAUCCCAGCUCCUUCAGCCGCUCUUCAUAAGGCCUGUGCUCCAGACCCCUCACCAGCUUUGUUGCCCUCCUCUGGACACGCUCCAGGGCCUCGAUGUCUUUCUUACAGUGAGGGGCCCAAAACUGGACACAGUACUCGAGGUGCAGCCUCACCAGUGAAUUAUUGCUAUGGGAGGUCCCAGUUCCAUGGUUUUGUCUGUUAAAAAAAAAAUAAAAUUAAUUGUUCAUGCUCAAACGUCUUGUGUUUUGAGAAUCUGUGGAACUGAGAUCUUUCUAUGAUGGAUGGAGCUUUCUAGGAUGGAGAAGCUAUAGCAUGUGGUAUGGAAAAGCUGUCAUUUGUGGUGUUUUCUUGCAGUACCUGAAUCAGCUGGAGAAUUGCUGUGGUUUGCGGGAAGAAGCUAUUCUCAUUUUACUGUCUGAUAUUGCCUCUGCUCUCAGGUACCUUCAUGAGAACAGGAUCAUCCACAGAGACUUGAAACCAGAGAACAUUGUGCUGCAGCAAGGAGAGCAAAGGUUAAUACACAAAAUCAUUGACCUUGGAUAUGCUAAGGAAUUGGAUCAGGGUAGUCUAUGCACAUCCUUUGUUGGGACACUACAGUACUUGGCUCCAGAGCUGCUGGAACAGCAGAAGUAUACGGUUACAGUGGAUUACUGGAGCUUUGGCACACUGGCUUUUGAAUGCAUUACAGGCUUCAGACCAUUCCUACCCAACUGGCAGCCAGUACAAUGGCAUACGAAAGUGCGACAGAAGAGUGAGCUGGAUAUUGUUGUUUCAGAAGACUUAUCUGGAGAAGUCAAAUUUUCUAGCAGUUUACCCUGCCCAAACAAUCUAAACAGUGUUUUGGCUGGGAAACUGGAGAAAUGGCUGCAACUCAUGUUAAUGUGGCACCCACGGCAGAGAGGUACAGAUCCUGUGUAUGGGCCCAAUGGGUGUUUCAAAGCUUUGGAUGACAUCUUGAAUUUGAAGUUACUGCAUGUUUUGAACAUGGUUACGGGAACUGUGCACACCUACCCUGUGACAGAGGAAGAGACCCUGCAAACAGUGAAGGCCAGGAUCCAGUCAGAUACUGGAAUCCCAGAGCAGGAUCAGGAGCUCCUGCAGGAGGCUGGUCUUGCAUUGUUUACUCAGAAGCAUACAGCUGAUAGCAAGGUGAAUGACGCUGUAGUUGCAGACACAGACCUCCUCUUCCUCUUUGAUAAUCAGAAAGUUGCCUAUGAGGCUCAGGUUGCCUUGCGACCUCAUCCGGAAAGUGUUGACUAUAUCCUUCAGGAUCCAAAGAAGAAUUUGCACUUUUUCCAGCUGCGGAAAGUUUGGGGUCAGAUCUGGCACACAAUCAGGAUGCUGAAAGAGGAUUGUAACCGGCUGCAACAGGGACAGCGAGCAGCCAUGAUGAAUCUGUUGCGUUACAAUAGUACUCUCUCAAAGAUGAAGAAUUCUAUGGCCUCCCUUUCCCAGCAGCUGAAAGCAAAACUGGACUUCUUCAAAACAAGCAUUCAGAUUGAUCUUGAGAAAUAUAAAGAGCAGAUUGAAUUUGGAAUUACUUCUGAGAAGCUGCUCUUUGCCUGGAAAGAGAUGGAGCAAGCUGUGGAACUUUGUGGUCGGGAGGAUGAUGUGGAUCAGCUAGUAAAGAGAAUGAUGGCCCUGCAAACAGAUAUUGUGGACCUUCAGAGAAGCCCGCUGGGUCGUAAACAAGGAGGAACACUGGAGGAUUUAGAAGAACAAGCCAGAGAGUUGUACCGGAGACUGAGAGAGAAGCCAAGAGAUCAGAGGACAAGUGGUGACAGCCAAGAAAUAGUACGGUUGCUCUUACAGGCAAUCCAGACCUUCGAAAAAAAGGUCCGAGUCAUUUAUGCUCAACUCAGUAAAACUGUAGUUUGCAAGCAGAAGGCACUGGAAUUGUUCCCCAGAGUGGAGAAAGUGAUGAAUCUGAUGAAUGAAGAUGAAGAAACGGUUGUAAGGCUUCAGGAGAAACGACAGAAAGAACUGUGGAACUUGCUGAAAAUUGCUUGUAGUAAAGUACGUGGUCCUGUUAGUGGCAGUCCAGAGAGCAUGAACAUGUCACGUCUUAAUAGCCCUGGUCAGCUGCUGCUGCAGGUCCCUUCCGGAACUUAUGCUUUAUCAGAAUCUGUCAGGAAAAGUGAGGAGCUUCUGCUGGAAUCGCAGAAACUGUGUAGCCAACUAGAAAACGUGAUGCAUGACACAAUGAAGGAUCAGGAGCAGAGCUUUAUGGCUCUCGACUGGAGCUGGCUUCAGCUUCACGUAGAAGAAAGAAGCAGUCCAGAACAAACCCAUAUGUAAAAUCACUUCAACUGCCUCUAAAGACAUGCUACCUGAGUAAGCCAACUGUGAUAAUCUGCUGUGUCUAGAAAGGGAAGUGCCUCUUCUUACUGUUGCCUACUGCUUAUGUGAGAUAUGUGGCACAGUUUCUAGUAUCCACAUCUCAGAUACUUUAUUUCUCAAAGAUGCAGUAGGAAAUGCCUAUCCUAACUGCUUGGAAAAAGUUCUUAACAGUGCCUUAAGACAGCAGAUAUUCUUACUGUAUGACUUGAUGUUUCUUCCCUUAGGCACCACAUGUGGUUGUUCUUCUACCUUUCAGGCUUUCUGAUGAAAAAUGGACAAUGCACGCAGUCAGCUUACACUGUUGCUGGUAUAUGUCACCUUCUUAAUACACCUGAACUGUGAACACAUUUUCUUAGCUUUGCUGAUUUGCACGUUUUUUUUCUUAAAUGUAACAGAUACAAUUAUGUAAUAGUUGUUUCCUGUAUGGGAACGAAAUUA